UUUAGUGUUUGGUUUCAUUUUUAUUCUCAAAAAAAAAAAACAUAAAAAUUAUUAUCCAGUUGAAAUCCGUAGAGUUAAUUGUACCGUUUGUUACCUUACGCUUCAAAUAUAGAAUAAGUUUUUUGCAGUUUUCUGAGCAGUACAGAGCAUGAAAAUUUCCCAGGAAAUAACCGUAGGAUUGAAGAGACUUUGCAACAAAUCAGUUGUAUCGGAUAACGAUUUCCAAGCCAUUCUUAGACAGUCAGCAUCUGUUCUAAGUAACUAUGGAGCAGCCGAUGAUUCAUAUAUAUCCCAAUUGGAAGGUGCUCGGAAAGACACUCUCAAAGAAGCAUAUGCCUCAGCGGUGACGUUGCUGACAGAGGCUGCUAGAAAUGACCUCAGCAGCUCCUCUUUUUCAUCUUUCUUGGAAGCCUAUAAUUUAAAUCCCUCACGUUUAGAGGAACUUGUCAUAAUUUACGCGAAUUGUGUGGAAAAAAUUCAACAAAAUUUGCGACUGUUUAAUCAUUGUUUGCCUCAUGUUGUGGAUGUAAAAUGGAGACUUGAUUGCUGUGUGAAGUCAAAUAGUUCCGGUGGACCAGGGUAUCUUCUAUACUUUGUGCAGUUCCUCUGUCAGUCUCCUGAUAAGUCCUCAAGUACAAUUGAUUUUGUUUGCACAGUGGAGCAGCUUCGAGAAAUGGUAGAAAAAUUAAAAGAUGCUAAUCGCAAAGUUGAAAAAAUAGCAAACCUCACAAAGUAGCAUGUGAUCAAAUAAAUCAAAUGGCGUUUGCCGAAAAAACAUUACUUUUCUUCUGCUACUAAUUUCCAUAUAAAGUUAGAUGUCUUUAAAAAUACAUACAUAUUUCAACUUUUUGUUCUAUUAAUGCUGUCCAGUUAGACUCUGAGGCCCAGUGUCCUUGUAUGUAAUUGUUUGGAAAAUGUCGCCAACCCUCAUACCAAUUCAUGUGACAUCAUUGAGCCAGAAUAUACAGUCACUUACGGGCAAUGUGUAAAAAUUAGAUAGAAACAACAAUUUCAAAACUUAGGAGAGAAAUCCGAUAAUAACUGACUUUAUAUUCUUGUCAUUAAACAGUAAAAAAAAUCAAAAGUAUUUUUGUUGAUCUUGUUUGUUUUGAUUUUGUAAGUGCUUCAGAGCAUUGAAUGUACUUCUAAUAUUAAUGCUAUGAAAAAAUUAUGCUUUUAGUGCCUUUUUUCUUCAAAAAAAAAAAAAAGGUGUUUGAUAAUGAAGUUAAAAAAAUUUUAUAGCUGUCUCAAAUUCGAAAUUUGAGAAAAGUAAGAAUUUAUACAAACUCUUGAAUAAAGCAUUUUUGUUACAGUUAUUAAGAGCACAUUGAUUCCUUGAUUAAAAGUCUAAAAAAUGAAA